ACUUCCACGAUGAGACUGUGCUUCCUUGUGCUACUGGCCUGCGUGAUAGCAGCCAGCGCCUGGCCUGUUGACCAACAUUCGCUGAGAGUCCAUGGCGUCAAUGGUUGGUUUGUGCCGCAGAAGGAAGGAGGCCUAAGAUGGGUCAGCAAGGAUGAUGGAGAGCGCCAGUUGGCCUUCUACGAGGGUCAGGAUCAACUGGACGGUCGCCUGUCUACCAACACGGUGAAGUUCUAUCUGUACACUCAGAAAAACCCCAGCACGGGACAGGAGAUCAAGGCCACCCAGUCCUCCAUAGAUGCCUCCAACUUUAAUCCCAAAAACCCCACAAGGAUCACCAUUCACGGCUGGAACUCCAACUACAAGGAUGGCGUGAACACCAGGAUUGCGGAUGCCUGGUUCCAGUACGGUGACUACAACAUGAUCGCCGUGGACUGGUCCCGCGGUCGUUCCCUGGAGUACGCCACAUCUGUGGCCGGCGCCUCGGGUGCUGGCAAGAAAGUGGCCGCCCUAGUGGACUUCCUGGUUACCGGCUACGGCAUGUCCUUGGACAGCCUUGAAAUCGUGGGCUUCAGCCUGGGUGCACAUGUGGCCGGACACACCGGCAAGCAACUGACCACCGGAAAGGCGGGCAAGAUCGUGGGACUAGACCCCGCCUCUCCCCUGAUCAGCUACUCCAAGUCGGAGAAGCGUCUCUCCAGCGACGACGCCAUUUAUGUGGAGUCUAUCCAGACGAACGGCGCCAUUCUAGGAUUCACCCAACCCAUUGGCAAGGCCGCCUUCUACAUGAACGGCGGAAGGACGCAGCCCGGAUGCGGACUCGAUGUCACCGGCAGCUGCUCCCACACCCGAGCUGUCCUCUACUACGUGGAGGCGCUGCUCUGGAACAACUUCCCCUCCAAGUCCUGCGAGACCUACCAGGAGGCCAACAAGAACGCCUGUGGAGAUAGAUUCAGCUCCAUCACCAUGGGAGCUUUCGUAAACACCUUUGUUGCCGAGGGCAUCUUCUACGUUCCGGUAAACAAGGAAUCCCCAUACGGAUACGGAGAAGUGCAUACUGGUGGCGACGAGACCACCGCUGCUCCGGUUGGUUCUACCACCACCGAAGUUCCGGAAGAGGUCUCCACAACCACUGCUGCGCCAACUGAUGCUCCUACGACUACUGCCAAGCCCACCGAGGUUCCAACAACCACUUCAAGACCCAGUGAAGAUACUACUGCUGCUCCAGAAGAAGAUACUACUGCUGCUCCAGAAGAAGAUACUACUGCUGCUCCAGAGGAGGAUACUACUGCUGCUCCAGAGGAAGAUACUACUGCAACCCCAGAGGAGGAUACUACUGGUGCUCCAGAGGAGGAUACUACUGCUGCUCCAGAGGAGGAUACUUCUGCUGCUCCAGAGGAGGAUACUACUGCUGCUCCAGAGGAAGAUACUACUGCUGCCCCAGAGGAAGAUACUACUGCUGCUUCAGAGGAAGAUACUAGUGCUGGUCCAGAGGAGGAUACUACUGCUGCUCCAGAGGAGGAUACUUCUGCUGCUCCAGAGGAGGAUACUACUGCUGCUCCAGAGGAAGAUACUACUGCUGCCCCAGAGGAAGAUACUACUGCUGCUUCAGAGGAGGAUACUACAGCUACUCCAGAAGAAGAUACUACAGCUGCUCCAGAGGAAGAUACUAGUGCUGGUCCAGAGGAGGAUACUACUGCUGCUCCAGAGGAAGAUACUACAGCUGCUCCAGAGGAGGAUACUACUGCAGCCCCAGAGGAGGAUACAACAACCGGAGAACCCGAAGAGGUCACCACAACAACAGCCCUUCCCACAGUUCCUACCUCUUCAACAACUACAGAAGUUCCUAACACCACCUGGUUCCCAGAUGUAACCCCCACACUCCCUCCCAGCGUCGAUGAUAACUCGAAGCCGGGCAGCACCAAGAACGUCUUCAUCUUCAAUGUGUUUCUGGUGAACGUCAAAGUUAGCAAGUAGUUCCGAGUUGUGGAACUCCCCCUAAGGGGCGUGGAAAAGUUUGCAAUAAAAUCAAAACAA